AAAAAUUUUCGUUUUUUUUUUUGUUGUUGCAGGUUUAAUAUGAGUAUAGUUAAGAGAAACUGCAUACCUAUUUGAGUAUGUUAAUCAACAAUGGACAUUUAGUCAAAGAAAUUCAGCAAGACAAAACCUUCUUGACUUCUGUCAUUAUUACAGCUGUAUUAGGUUGUAUAGUUAUUGUUCUAAUUGUUGUUAUAAUGGUUAUGUAUGUACUCAUUAGACGUAAAAAAAAAAAUGGUGUACUUUCAAACCGGAAAUUUUCAUUACCCCAUAAAAAUUUGGACCGUGUAAAAACUGAAAUGCCUUACCACUUAACAGAAAAAGGAAGUAAUAAAUAUUUAACUGAUCACUCGCGUAAAGUGUCUAUACCUCAGCAAGUAUUUGCUGCUUCGGUACCUUUUAAAUUUCCGAUAUCGGUAAAAUCAAACGAUGCAUCUUUUAACAAAACUGUUGAUACAAAUUCGCUUUAUCAAAAAGGUUUAUUAACUAUCGGCCGUCGCAAAAGAGAAAUGUCAUUUACUCGUUCUGUGUCCGUCCCAACAGUUAAGGAUGAAACCUUAUUUAAUGAAGACGAAGAAAAAAUGUGGUUGAGCUCAUUGUCAAUGAUGGGAGUGUCGCCAGAGGUAUUACAUAAAAAUCCAUGGAAUGGGGCAUAUGGCAAAGUAAAGUUUUCAUUGUAUUAUAAUCGAAAAGGUGAAUAUGAACUGGAAGUUAAGCUGCACGAAUUUGAUGAUUUACCUUUAUCAAGAGAGAGCGGUAUAUCAGUACCAUUUGUCAAAAUAUAUUUAUAUCCGCAAACUGAUCACGCUUACACUUCGCAAAAUAUUAAUAAACAAAACUCUCGCGUAGAAGUAUUAAGUUUUCCACAUGACACUGAAUGCAUCUUUGCCGGAUAUACCCAAGAAAUAAUACAACAAAUGGCUUUAAAGUUUGUAAUUUUGGACUAUGAUCGAUUUUCUCGCAGUGAAUUUGUUGCAGAAUGCGUCAUUUUAUUGGAUGAGGAACCUCUUGAUGGAAAAAUGAUUUCAAAAUAUUUGAGUAUAAAAAAAACCCAAGCUACUGGUGAUUUGGGAAGUUUACUUAUUUCACUCUGCUACCAACCUAACGGUAAUCAGGUGUGCAUCGUAAUUUUGAAAGCAACAGGAUUACCAGAUACAGAAGGGAAAUUGUCAGAUCAUUUUGUGAAAAUCAAAUUAUUGCAGAACGGCAACAUAUUGGACAAACGUCGCACGCAUGUUAUCAAGAAAAACACAUGCCCUGUUUUUAAUGAAAAACUUAUAUUUCCUGUUGACGAUAACGUAAUGCGUAAUCUAGUUAUAGUAUUUGACGUCGUUCGUCAGGAAUCGAAAAUUAAACACGAAAAAGUAGGAAGCGUUAUUUUGGCGAACCAUAGUUUAUUAAGACAAGUAACUCCUCAUGAAAUACAGCAUUUUAAUGAAAUGCUUCAGUCUCCGCAACGUCAAAUAGCUGAGUGGCAUAAAAUAGUUUAAUAGAAAGUUAUACUUCUAUGUUUUA